UUCAACGUGCUGUGAUAGUUAGGAAAAUUUAGAAGCAAUGGUGCAGUUCUUUUUAGGUUAUGUUACGCAUAACCCGUGCCUCGAAGGAAAUGUUUCUUAAAUAGUAGAAUAAGGUGCAUAAUAGGACGAGGUGCAUUAAAAAUUAAUUUUCUUCGAUUCGUUACCAUAUUUUGUCGUUAUUUAUAAAACGGGAACAAAAAACGUGGUAAUAGUCGACCACGACACGUCAAUCGUUUAGUUACCGUUUGUCGAAUUUGUUGUGUUGUUUCUUUCGUAUCCAAGGAAACUGAUGGUACCUGUGUCACCUGACCAAUAAUCUUUCAUGAAACAUGUCAUUCUAUUACGCUGGUUUUAAUACCAGUACAUUGUUUCGCGAAGAUGAGAGCAUUACCUUUAUAGUAAAUUCAUUUACUAAGGUACCGGUUCCUGGAAUUACUGGUUUCCAAAUAGGUUGGGGUUACUUUCUCAUUUGGAAAGGAAAGGAACUAUAUACCUCUAAAAGACCCGAGGACAGUAAUAUAGACGCAGAGUCAAAUGUUCAACUAAUAAAACUACCAGAAAAGUCAUCAGAUAGUUGUCAUCAAGCUGCAAUUGGUAAAGAUAAUAUAGUAAUCUUAUCUAACGAUAAUGAAAUAUGGCAGUAUAAGAUCUAUGAAAAAACUUGGAAAAAGGUUAUCAAUUUUAUUUGCAGCAGUGAUGAUUUAGAGAAUGAAUAUCCUGUUAAAUUAAUACAAGGUGGAUGCACGGUAGCUCUUACUAAUCUAGGUCGAGUUUUUAAUAUUCCUACCCUGAUUGACAUGCCAAAGAGGGUUCGUUUUGUAGAUGUUGCUUGUGGAUUUGAUCAUACCCUCUUGUUAGCAGAAAAUGGUGAUAUUUAUUCCAUGGGAAUGGGAACGCGUGGUCAAUUAGGGCACAACGAUUUGGAAGAUUGCGAUGAUCCAAGACUAAUAGAAGCUUUAGCUGGUAUUAAAGUAAUACAAAUUUCGGCUGCAGGCUGGCAUAGUGCCGUAAUAACGGAUCAAGGUGACCUAUACACAUGGGGAUGGGAUACAAACGGAGAAUUGGGAUUAGUUAAUCAAGAAAGCAAAGUAGUUGCUGUGCCUACGUCGGUAGAUUUUGUAAACGAUCAGGAUGAGGCUGUAGAAGUUCUCGUGAAAAAAGUUCAGUGCGGAAAUACGUUUACCAUUUGCAUGACGGAUGAUGACACGCUUUGGGGGUGUGGCUGUAAUAAAUACGGACAAUUAGGGCAAUCCCCAGACAGCCUCCUAAAUUCGCCAAAGUUCGUCAAACUCGACAUCUGUUUGAGUUUCUCGGUCAUUAAAGAUUUUAAAUGCCGCGAAUGGGGUACGGUCAUAAUGACAGAUUGACAUUGUGAUUUUUCAUAACGGUUA